AUGCCCCGAUACGCAGAAGACCACGACCGCUACGAUGACAGCAACCGCGCAUUUCUCCAAGCCUUCAUGGCGCGGUCCACCAUGACCUUUACACAAGCAAAGCCCGUUCUGGCUGCUAUAUUCUCCAUCAGAGACGACGAACAAGUUUCCCCAGAAGACAUAACGGAAGACGACCUCCAAACCUACAUCGCCGCCGCCAACAGCGCCAUAUCCCCCUUCGACCUCGAAAUCCGGAGCAUACUACCCCAGAUUGAAAUCAACAACAACAAUGACCCUCCCCCAGCUCCGGAACGAGUCUACGCCCUCGUCAACACAACCAGCGACGCCCUCACCCAGCUCGCAACAACAUACUCCGCCGACGAAAUCGCCUUCGUGAAGCGCAUCCUCGACGCCAUGUUCGACACAUACAAUACCCGCCGCCAGGAAGCAAUGGUCAUAAGUAGUAUGCAGGCAUUGCAGCUGGCCAAGGCUGGUGCAGGGGACGCAAAUAGACGGGAGUCAGGAACACAGCAGCAAGCGACGCAGGGAGGCGCGGCACAGUCGUUGACUAUGACGCAGGCGGAGACGAUGCUGAAGCAGCUUGUCGAGCAGGGGUGGUUUGAGAAGAGCAGGAAGGGGUAUUAUCGGUUGAGUCCGCGCGGGUUGAUGGAGUUGAGGGGGUGGUUGGUGGCGGCGUAUAAUGAUGAGGGGAUUAGGAAGAUUAAGUUCUGUGCUGCGUGUAGGGAUAUCAUUACUGCUGGCCAACGAUGCGGAGACCGCGAUUGUACCGGACGAUUGCACGAUCACUGCAUGCGGAAUUUCUUUCGUAUGCAACAGGCUGAAAGCUGUCCUGUGUGCAAGAGUGCGUGGCCGGGUGAUCGAUUCGUUGGUGAGCGCGCGAUUACUAUGUCUGAUCCGGCUGCACAGAGGGCUAGACGGUCGGCUGCGAAUACUCAGCAGGCCGAAGCUGGGCCUAGUACGCAGUUCACGUUGCCGGAACUGGAUGUUGAAGAUGAAGCGGAUGGUGGUGAGGAAGAGGCUGGGAGUGAUUGA